AUGAUUGAGUCAACAAAGACGACCGAGAACCCUCUCUUUGAUCCCGACCGAAGUUUGGAGCGCGAGCAGCUCAGAGAUGCACACAUAUCCAUUGUCACGCCUGGGCUCAGUACUCCUGGAAAGCGUCUAGCUGUCAAGAGACUGGACCGAGUAUUGGAAUUGGUCAACAGCACCAAUGGCCGCGACGCCAGUCUACGCGCGCCCCUCUGGCGGGCGUACUCUUUGGCCAAGGCCUCUGACCCGACACUCUUAGCACGUCUUCCAGAAAGAGCCUGGGACCUGCUCUGGAUUACGCAAUCCAUCGACUCAUCCACCAAUGCGAAUCGCACGGCACACAUCGCACAACUCUACCGUGACAUGGACAAGGCUGGAAGGACUACAACGGCCGGACAGCGGGCCAGAGAUCUAGAGAGCACCUUUCUCUCUGGUAGAGAAGAUCAAGCUCUUAGAGAAUGGGAAGAGGAUCACACUUUGGGAUUCGACGGCAUACGACAGGACUACAAGCCAGAGCAUCUCGAGGUCGGGGCUAAGCUCCAUGCGCUUGCGGGGAAUCUAGAUUACAGCCGAAGCAUCAUGGAAGAGCUAUUCAGGUUAUACCCGAGUUGGGACACUUCCGUCAUGAUGGCCGUCUUCCGUGCUCACACGAGUUCCGAACUUCAAGGGCACCAUGAUCUGGCAAAACAGAUCUAUGUCUCAAUGAAGGAGAAGAAGGGCGAUGCGCGCUCGAUCAAGGACUACGACGCUUGGCUUGUGGGCUUCUUGGAAUCCCGAAAUCUAGGCUACGCCAAACAGGUGUUCCGGGAUAUGGUCAGGGAGGGCUAUCUGGCAACUAGCGGCACCGGAGAACGAGUUGAACAAGUUCUGAAGAGACUGCAAAUGCUUUAUCGACUCGGAACUGAUAUAGCGGCAAUGACUAGUAUCGCUUUCGAUGCUAUAUCCGUGCUACCGCCUGCUUAUCACGGCCAUUUAUUCGGUGACUGGAUGAAAGCGGCCGUUGUUAGGAAGGCGCCGUUGGUGGCCGCUCAGGUCAUGGAGAUGAUGCUCAAACGAGGCUACAAACCGCAAACGUUCCACUUCAACAUGCUUCUCAAAGCGUUGAUACGGACCAAAGAGAGUCCGAGCAUCCUGAAAGCCGAAAACAUUGGCUGGCGCAUGAUCGAAGCAGCUCGCACAUUACCGCAACAACAUGAUAUUUGUCGAGACACAACGGCGGACAUUAUUGACAAAAGAACCGCUGAUACUCAUAACAAAAGCAUCGACGUCGUUCAACGUGCUCCUCCUGCAAACGUCACAACAUUCGCGCUCAUCAUGCAGCACCACGCUAAGAGUCUGCAAUGGGAACACGUCGACUAUCUGUCCCGUCAGCUCAAAGAAACGACACUUGAGCCCAAUGCAACCAUCAUGAACGUUCUCAUGGACAACAAAUGCCGCCAAGGUGCCUACAGCGAAGCAUGGAAAAUCUACAAGACUCUGACUGAACCGCAAGAAGGCGACGCAGGUGUUUUCCCCAAUGGUGCGAGCAUACGUUGUCUCUGGAAAACGCUCCGCCUGGCGCUCGGCGACCCUACAAAUCGCGACAAGCCAGGGCUGCCCACCCCUCGUGAGCUACUAGCAGAGAUGAUCAGUUGGUGGACACUCAGUCGCAGCCGCUACGACGCCGACCGCUUCCGCAUGGGCCUCGCAGGUGCAGAUAGUGGAGCAAUCACAUCACUCAUCAUGCAUUGCUUCAGCUACACUCAAGAUCUAGCUGGCUCCCUGAUUGCUUUGCACGUCCUUCGCCACCACUUCGACAUCUUUCCCACCAACGAAGCAGCGCAAAUACUACAAGGACAGAUAGCCUGGGUAGACAUGACACGCGAGACCGAAGCUGUGCGCAGUUCACACUUCCACAGUCGUUCCAACAAGAAGAAUACGGAUCGAAUAACCAUGGUCUACAAUAUCUUACUCCAACGACGGUUGGCGAGAAUGAAUCUGAAGGAAAGCGAGUACGAGAUGUUGACGGAUGAGCAGAUUGGUGAUAUGGGACUGAACCUCUUGAGUGAGUUUGUCAGAGUCGUGCUCAAGAGGAGCUAUCCACCUGAGGUUGUGGAGGUGAUGAUUGAUGCAGCAAGAUGCGCAGUGGGUGUACCUGACCUGCCGACAGGGGAUAUGGAUGCUUUUGAAGUGGCUUGA